AUGGCGGAAGCAAUUCAGCAGCUUAUUCUCGACACCCUCGACAAGGAGGGUGUCAUCCAAGAUACCCGUACUCUCGUCCUGCCCGGCUACAAAGAACCUGCCGCCACUCAUGACUCCCAAAUCAUCAUCCUGGGUGCCCUGAACUCCUUGUCAAGUCGUGAUAUGAUCACGUAUACCACCCAAGAAACUGUGUCCCAUGUCCUGACCCAAGAGGGUGCACAAAUCGCUCUGCAGGGGUCGCACGAAGCACGAGUGUGGAACGCGUGUCCAGUCAAGGGAGAGGGUCAACCGAUCCCUAUCAAAGAACUUCAGAACAAAGUGGGCGCGGAGACCGCGAAGAUUGGGCAAGGACAAGCUUUCAAGAACAAGUGGAUCGGGAAGGAGGGAGAUGGCCUUGUCAAGCUGGUGCCAGAGAUUGUGGACACUACUCAACUUCAGCUGCGGGAAGUAGAUUCCACAGGAACGUUGAAAGCAGGCGAGAAGGCUCUCGCGGAACUGCGGAAACGGAAGCUCAUCGUGCAAAGAAAAGGUCAAUGGUUCACCGUACACAAGGGCACCAAAUUCAGUACAUCAACGGCGAAGCCGGAAACUGAUCUCACCGUGGAGAUGCUCACCUCUGGUUCUUGGAAGACCUCGACGUACAAGAAGUACAACUUUGAGGCUGCGGGUAUCCCACCAAACGGCGGUGCCCUCCACCCACUGCUCAAGGUCAGGGAGGAGAUCCGCAAUAUUUUCUUCGAAAUGGGUUUUGCAGAGAUGCCCACAUCCUCCUUCGUCGAGUCCGGCUUCUGGUGCUUCGAUGCCCUCUUCGUCCCCCAACAACACCCCGCCCGCGAGGUACAAGACACCUUCUACCUCUCCGAUCCCGCCGUCUCCCUCCCCCCACCAAAGGAAUACUACGAGCGCGUCUCACGAGUGCACGAGCACGGCGGGUACGGCUCGACCGGCUAUCGCGCGCCCUGGUCACAUGAGGAGUCGCGCAAGCUCCUUCUCCGCACACACACCACGGCCUCUUCUGCGGCGAUACUCUGGAAGCUCGCAGCAGCGUGCCGCGGCGAGGGUGCCGAUGCGUCUGCGGAAGCUGCGGUGCAGAAGGAGGGUGCGCAUGUGACCCCGACCGUCCCCGGCGCGGGUAAGGCAGGUCCCGACGGGUUCCGGCCCGCGAAACUCUUCUCCAUCGACAGAGUAUUCCGGAACGAGACGAUGGACGCGACGCACUUGGCCGAGUUCCACCAGGUCGAGGGUGUUGUCGCUGAUAGGGGGCUGACUCUCGCGGACCUCAUCGGCUUCAUGCGCGUCUUCUUCAAGAAGAUGGGCAUCGAGAACCUGCGCUUCAAGCCUGCGUACAAUCCGUACACAGAACCGUCCCUGGAGAUCUUCGCCUUCCACCCGCAGCUGAAGAAGUGGGUCGAGAUUGGCAAUUCCGGCAUGUUCCGGCCAGAGAUGCUGGAGCCAAUGGGUUUCCCCAAGGACGUGCACGUCCACGGCUGGGGUAUCUCUCUGGAGCGGCCCACGAUGAUUCGCUAUGGGAUCAACAACAUCCGGACACUGGUUGGCCACAAGGUCUCACUGGAAAGCGUCGAAAGGUCACCUGCUGUCAGCUUCUGA